GGGGCAGCAGGUUUCUUGCACAUGCCUUUGUUUAGUGCAGAUGUGCGUUUGCCGGAGCUGUUCGGGAAGGAGAGAAUAACAUAAAGAACGCAGCUGUGUUUUCUCCAAAGCAAGUUGAGCUUUGUUGGCCGUCUUGAGCCUUUUCAACGCAGUUCAGUCGUCCAGGGCGAGAAGAUCGUGAAGCGCGAAGCAUUCCAAGGGAACACCACUGAUGAUUGUGAUGUUGUCUGCCGUAUGGUACCCUGAAGUGCACAUUUUGUUUUUGCUCCGAAGGAAUUGAUUGACGCUGUGUUGGACGGUUCCAAAGGGGAACUUCAAGGUACCUGACCUUCCUUUUGUCUUUCUUACUUCGUCCUAUUGGUAAGAUGUUUCUGCAUAGUCUGCGUUCGAAGUGGGGUUGGACAGCGGUUUCAGAGCACGGUUGAAUCCGCUGCAAGAUCCGUUUACAAAAUCCUGUUGCAAUCCAAGGACACGGUGCCGCUGUGCAAAAGACUGUCAGACUGAGUGAGGAACUGGCACAGCAAGAAUGUUUGUCAAAGUCUCGGAAUAGACAUGCGGCAUCUUCGGAGCAAAUUGCAGCAGCAGUCGUUGUGUGUGUGCUCCUGUUCUUGUAAAUACUAAAUAGCGAGCGAAAGCAGUUUUGUUUGGACUCUAGCUCUGUGAAGCAAGCGUUGUUUGCACAAAACAAAUCAGUUGAAGACUUGAAGUUUAUCGCAGCCAUGGCAGAAGAGCAAAGUCUUUUCGUCUCGGACAACUACUUAGACAUUUGUGGCUCACGACAGCUUUCUUGUGGCAUGAGGGGUGGACCUAAUAGUACCACGUCGCCUCUCACGAGUUCUGUGCAUCAGUUCCUUCCUCGGUUUUUGGUGGAGGCCUCUCCACCUCCCCCCAAGCCUGUGCCGCACAUCCGAGAUUUCCAGUUGGACUCUCCGCUUGGGGGCUUCGAUCUUCCCUCUCCGACGGAUCGGUUACCUUCGUCCUCUCUCACUGGUGCCUUCACAAACCGCACUUCGGCAGGCAUACGUCCAGUUUGUGCGAAGGUUUAUAAUGCUCCUAAGUACUGUCUUCGAUCUGACAUCUUGCGGUUCUUCGAAGGAUGCAACCUUACACCAGAUAAGAUGGCUGUGGCCUACGACUCCCGUUAUCGGCCCCGUAACUGGCAUUUGGAGUUUGACACAUUGGAGGAUUUCCAAGUAGCCAAUGCGCUUCUCACUCGUAAUAAGUUCAUGUGGCCACGGCCAAUCCGACUGGAGCAGGAGAGCAAGCAAGAAAUGAUGGCGGCUUUGCGCCUGUAUGAUGUCACGCAUUUACGAGAUCGUACGCUUUUGAUGAUCAACCUGCCAGAGGAGGUGAACAUGGAGGACAUAGAGAGGUUUUUUGAAGGCUACAGCAUCUCUGGGCAAGGAGUGAAGCUCCUCCGAUAUGUACAUGAGAAGGUGAGAACGCCAAGGAUCAAGCGUCUGCAGGGAGAAUGGAGGAAGACGAUGGACAAUGUGGUGGAGAGGAGGGCGUUAGUGUGUUUCACGUCAGAACUGGAGGCACUGAGGGCACUAAGAGAGAGGCAGGGGGAGUAUGUGCAGGACAUGGAGAUUGAGCUCAAACUGAUUCAAUGAACACGCUAGGAGAAGAGGAGGCAAGGGAGCAAAAUUUCUUUUUCUCUUGGUCUUCGCGUGCGGACGAGGCAAUGUACUGCUGUUGGUGAAGUUUGGAAGGGCGAGGUGGCAUCCAGCUGUGAGGUGAUGACAUCCAUGUCCCUGAACCGAUGCUUUGUCCAUCGGCAAACUGAAAGGGUGGGCUACCACUGUACAGUGUUGCUACGCGUGUCGUCUUUGGAUAGCCUCUCUCACCCUCGGGUUUGCUGGCAUUCCUUUGUUCUCUUGUGUGUGUGUGUGUGUGUGUGGGUCGGUGUGUGUGUGUGGAUGCGUGUACACAUGCAGUAGUUUUUAUGUGUGUGUGUAUGUGCUUGUAUAUGGGGGAGGGAGGGGGAGAGAGAGAGAGAGAGAGAGAGAGAGAGAGAGAGAGAGAGAGAGAGAGAGAGAGAGAGAGAGAGAGAGAUUUUGUUGUGCCAUGAGCUUGCUUUUUCAUGGCUUGGUGAUGAUGCUUCUAUCACCUGCAAUACAAUUGCGCUGAAUAUGCUUAUCGCUUUCUAUCCAUGGUCAUUUAGCGCAUAACAGUUUUUUCGUUCUAACUACCGACUUUGGAAGGCUGUGUAUCCAUGUUCCUCUCUUGUGCUUGAGAUGAGGAGUUGAAGAGUGAGUGUGCCACUCUGAAGAAAAAUAUGACACUGAAUUGGACUUUUCCUGGUAAGAACACAAUGCCAUGAAAAUAUCUCCAGGAGCUGUAGCACGUUCUGUCCAUUACAGCGAGCAACUUCUUGCACUUUUGACGAUUGUUUCUGUGCGUGCUGGUAGCAGCAAGCAAGUGGUGCAGAACUUCCCGCUUCCCGAAAGCUAAUAGUAUAGUCCACAGCUUUAGACUUUUCGAAGAGAAGCCGUUAAUGCGAACGGCCGUCGGGUAAUUCUUUUCCCCGUCUUUCUGUUUCUGUUUGGGACGCAGCAUCUGCAUACGGUUGUUAUGAAUGAGAGGCAAGAACGGGGGAUGCUGCUCGUACUCGAUUAGAUCAGACGUGUGUUUCACACGUCAAAGGCAUGCGAUGCGGCGGUAUGAGGACACAGACUUGGGACAUCCAUUAUAAUUGCAAUGAGACUGUGGACGCUAAUGGGGAACUCAUCUUGUCUCCUAUUUUCGUAAAUCCGUCAGCAAAUUUAAGAUGCAGCAUCGCUCCAUGGAACCAGACGGAACCAGACGGAACCAGACGGAACCAGAUGGAACCAGGUGGUACCAGAUGGUACCAGAUGGAACCAGUUGGUACCAGAUGGAACCAGAUGCAGAUGGUACCAGAUGGAACUUACUCGACUUCUACUAUCUGUUAAGAACCCAUGGAAAAUGAUGGUCAUCGAAUCCUGGCCGUACAAGUUGAGAUCACAGCUGAGAUCUUGGCCGUACAGGUUGAGAUCCGCUGAGACCCUUCAGCGAAUGAUGUUUGCUCAGCAAUCCUUCUACUGCUACUACAUCUGGCAUCUGCUUUUGUGGACCACCCAAGGACGGACAUGUGCAUUUCACUCUGAAGGAAGGCUUCUUAAUGAGGUAAUUUGGUAAAUAAUAAAUAAUAAUUGGUCGGGUUAUGAGGCCCUGUUGUAACAACAACCACACCUCAUGUGAGCUAUCGUGUGUCGUGUUGUGGUGCCGCUACAUCAUCGUUCAUUCAUCGAAAGGCUGUUUUUGGUCAGCAGUCUCUGGCGACUGGAUUAGUUGCCUUGCACCUCACGGUUCCGAUGCAUCAUAUGCUUCGCAAACGCGAACGCGUCGCUGCUGUGGCAACAUACUGAACAAGUUAUAAUACAACUCGUCGCUUGGAGCCAUUCAUUCAUUAUCUUCUUCUUUCCAUUGUAUAUUCCUUCCACACUCUCUUCUUUUCUUAAAAGCAACAUCGGAUCGC